UUUUAACCUCUCAUCAUACGGAUAUAAACAACGUAAAAAAUAACCAGUAUUGAAGAACUUUAAAUUAAAUAGAGUGUUUACCGAUUUUAAUAUUCAUCAUUUAAAUCCAGAUCCACAACUACCAAAAAUAGAUAUGGGUGAACAUUGUAUUGUUAUUGAAGAUGCUGAUAUUGAUGAAGUGAAGUUAGAAGAAAAACCAGAGAUCAUAGACAUAUGCGAACACUUCAUAGAUGAAGAAGGAGUUUACGAUAGAGAAGAAUUUAUAAUAAAGAACGAAGGAAGUUGCACGAAUUCCUCAGGUGUAGAAGUUGAUGCAAAUCAGUCAACUGCCUUUUUCAACAGAAAAAUCCCUCAAGUAUUUGAUCCCACAACCAUCAAAUCUGAACCGGUUCACAUGGACCAGUGUGAAUUUCCUAAAUGUCACUUGGUUGAUACAGGGAAAGAAAAAUAUCUCGAUAAAUCCACACAGUAUGAUCAUAAUGAUCAUACCUACUGUUGCAAAUAUGACGAGAAAAGUCAUGUCAAAUCAGAAAUCUUAGAAUUUGUCGAACAAUUUAUAGACAAUGAAGGAGUUCAUGGCAGAGAAGAAUAUAUAAUUGAGAAUGAAAAAAUGAACUCAAAUUCCCUACUUAUUGAAGACAAUUCAAAUCAAUCACCUGCCUCUUUUAACGAAGAAAUGCCUCCAGUAUUAGCAACAGGCAUAAAAUCUGAUAUGUUUAACUUAGGAGUUGUGGACACUUGUGAACAAUUUAUAGACGAAGAAGGUGUUCACGAUAGAGAAGAAUAUAUAAUUGAAAAUGAAAAAAUUAACCCAAACUCCCUAAUUAGAGAAGGUGAUGCAAAUCAAUCACCUGCCCUUUUCAUCAAAGAAACGCCUCAAAUAUUUGAUCUAGAGAAUGAUGAAGCUCUUCCUGUGACUAUCAACAAUCAAGAGUGUCAUAUGUGUGAUUUUGAGACCAAUGAUGAAAAAGACCUUGCGUUACAUAUCAAAUCUGUUCAUUCGAAUAUUAAGUGUCAUUUAUGUGAGUAUGUUACUAGCAGAAAAAGGGACUUUCUAAUGCAUGUCGAGCGUGUUCAUCUGGAUAGGAAGAAACAAGAAUGUUACAUUUCUGGAUAUGCUGCACAUUUGAAAACUAAGGAACACAAGUGUCACUUAUGUAAAUAUACUGGGAGUGCUAAAUGGGCCCUUGAGAGACAUAUAAAAUCAGUUCAUUUGAAAAUUAAGAAACACAAGUGCAAUUUAUGUGAAUAUGCUGCGAGUGAAAAAAAUGAUCUUGAAAAACAUAUAAAAUCAGUUCAUUUGAAAACUAAGGAAUACAAGUGUCACUUAUGUGAAUAUGCUUCAAGUGAAAAAAGUGCUCUUGAAAAACAUAUAAAAUCAGUUCAUUUGAAAAUUAAGGAACACAAAUGCAACUUAUGUGAAUAUGCUGGGAGUGCUAAGCGUGACCUUGAAAGACAUAUAAAAUCAGUUCAUUUGAAAACUAAGGAAUACAAGUGUCACUUAUGUGAAUAUGCUUCAAGUGAAAAAGGUGCUCUUGAAAAACAUAUAAAAUCAGUUCAUUUGAAAAUUAAGGAACACAAAUGCAACUUAUGUGAAUAUGCUGCGAGUCAAAAACAGACUCUUCGAAGGCAUUUUGACACUGUUCAUUUGAAAACUAAGGAAUACAAGUGUCACUUAUGUAAAUAUGCUUCAAGUGAAAAAAAUGUUGUUGAAAAACAUAUAAAAUCGGUUCAUUUGAAAAUUAAGGAACACAAAUGUCACUUAUGUGAAUUUGCUACGAGUGCAAAACGGACACUUGAAAGUCACGUGAAAUCUGUUCAUUUGAAAAUUAAGACGCACAGGUGUCACUUAUGUAAAUAUGCUUCAAGUGAAAAAAAUGCUGUUGAAAAACAUAUAAAAUCGGUUCAUUUGAAAAUUAAGGAACACAAAUGCCACUUAUGUGAAUUUGCUGCGAGUGCAAAACAGACACUUGAUAAUCACGUGAAAUCUGUUCAUUUGAAAACUAAGGAAUACAAGUGUCACUUAUGUGAAUUUGCUACGAGUAAAAAACACACUCUUCCAAAGCAUUUUGACACUGUUCAUUUGAAAAUUAAGAGGCACAGGUGUCACUUAUGUGAAUAUGCUUCAAGUGAAAAAAAGGCUCUUGAAAUACAUAUAAAAUCCGUUCAUUUGAAAAUUAAGGAACACAAAUGCAACUUAUGUGAAUAUGCUGCAAGUAAAAAAGAUACUCUUCGAAGGCAUUUUAACUCAGUUCAUUUGAAAACUAAGGAAUACAAGUGUCACUUAUGUGAAUAUGCUUCAAGUGAAAAAAAGGCUCUUGAAAUACAUAUAAAAUCCAUUCAUUUGAAAAUUAAGGAACACAAAUGCAACUUAUGUGAAUAUGCUGCGAGUGACAGAAGUAACCUUGACAUGCACAUAAAAUCCGUUCAUUUGAAAAUUAAGGAACACAAAUGCAACUUAUGUGAAUAUGCUGCGAGUAGAAAACAGACUCUUCGAAAGCAUUUUGACACUGUUCAUUUGAAAAUUAAGGAACACAAAUGAUAAAAGUAUUAUCCAGCGAUAUGUCAACUCUGUUCAUAUGAAUAUUAAGAAAUACAAAUGUCACUUAUGUGAAUAUGGUGCGAGUGUUAAGAAUAGACUUGAUUAUCGCGUGAAAUAUGUUCAUUUGAAAAUUAGGGAUUGGGGAACACAAGUGUCAUCUGUGUGAGUAUGCUGCAAGUACAAAAAAUGUCCUCAAAAAACAUUUUUACUCUAUUCAUUUGAACAUCGAGAGAUCUUAAUGUCACUCAUGUGAAUAUGAAUAAUUCAAUGGAAAACUGGUAACAGGUGGGAGCAUGUUACAAGCAUAAAUGAUACUUAAAUAGUCGUGUAAAAUCUGUCCAUUCAAAUAGCAAGUAACAAUUGUCAGUCAGUGAGUAUAUUGUAAAUAAUUGAGGUUAUUUUUAA